CUUUGUCUUAAGUUUUCACGGAGCUUCCUCGUCCCCCUCUGUGACCGGCAUCCCGAGGCCCCCCGUAGCCUUCCAACUUUCAGACACCCCUGCGACCCCGCCUCCCUCGGGACCCCACAACUCCCCUGACCCCCGAAAAUCUCUGACUGCUCGACUGCCCCCAAUCCUGCAGGACCCCCGCCAUGGUCCGCUCUUACGGCAGCCGGGUGCUGGCUGCGAUGAUCCUGCUGGGCGUCCCGGCGGCGGUACUGGCGGCUCUGGGCGCGCAGCUGCUGUUCCAGCUGCAGGCAGGCCGCGCGGAGCUGCGGGGGCUGCGCGCCGACGGGCUGGGCCCGGAGCUGGACGCGGGCCCCGGGCUGCCCGAGGACGCGGCCGGGGCGCUGCUGCCGCUGGCCGCAGCCCUGGCAGCGCUCGCCUUGGUGCUGGGCCUCACCUGCUUGCUGCUCGCCGCGCUCUGCGGCCACCUGGGCGCCGAGCUGGCCAGGGGGCCUGGCCCCGGCAGGUCUGACUGGUUUCUGUACGACUGCCGCCUCCUCAGACAUGUGGCCCUUGGUCUCUUCUGCUGCGGGGUCUCCGUCUACUUGGCAGCACUGUCCAUCUACGCCCUGCUGCUCUUCGAGAUCGAGACAGGAGCAGCAGCUGCCUCCAUCCUUGGCUUGGGUGCCCUGGCCCUGGUGGCUGUGCUGACCCACACUCUGCUCCGGGCCGCCCGGGCCACCCGCCGUGGCCUCCAUGAGCUGUCCCCACCGCACUUUGAAGAUGACCCUGUCCGCCACACUGGAGUCUCCAAGGCCAGCCCUGAGGCUCAGCCCCAACAGGGUACCCACCACCGAACCCCCUACUCAUUUCACCCAGAACCUGGGGACCCCCUCAGACCCACGGUCACUGCCACAGGACCUGCAGCCAUGGAGGGAGGCUGGGAGAGCGGCCUGCCUGCAUCCCGAAUGCACCGGUCACUAUCAGCCAGUGGGGGGCACUGGGAAGGGGUCACCCAUGAGAUGCGCAGCAUGCUGAGCCACAAACCAGGGAGUUCGGGAAAAGACUCCACACUGGUAUGAGCCCAGGGAUCAGGGAUAGAGAGCUGGUGUCAGGCAGCAGGAAUAGGACUCUGUAGAGAUAGAUCCAGGGUCAGAUACAGUAGCAGUACAACUUGAUUUCUCCCUGAGUUCACAGCAUCCUUGGCUUUUGUCCUCAAGUUUGCCAUAUGGCACAAGAUGGCUGCCAUAGCUCCAGCCUUCACCUCCUCACUUGGAGGGAAAGGCAGAGGUCAGGGCUGGCUCACCAUCUUUUGGAAGUCUUCCUGGGAGGUCUUGGGACCCUUCUGCUUAUAUCUCACUGACCAGAACAGAGACAUAUGGCCACACCUUGCUGCAGGGGAGGCUGGGAAAUGUAGCUGUGCAGAGAAAUGAGGUUCUGUGAUAGGCAGGAGGGGAUGGUGGGAUUUAGGCGGUAGUUCUCUAAAUGUCUCCAUCCGUUUUACAGAUGAGGAAACCGAGGCCCAGAGAGGGGCAGUGACUCACCAGGGGUCCCCCGGCCAGUACUGAGCGUCAGAGCCAGGAUUCGAACAGUGCAAGUCCCUGCAACUCCUUCCAGGCUGUGAGCGUUUGAAACGUGUGGCAGAGCUUAGAGCAUCCCAGGGCCACAGCACCCCUGGAGGGCUGCACCGAGACUCCUGGCUGUGGGUCCAUGGCUGAGGGCUUCACCACUCUGUGUCUCAGUUUCCUUGUCUAUAAAAUGGGAAUAGAAGCGGUCCCUCUGCCUAGGGCUCCUGUGAGACUCAAUGUAAGCCAUUCAGGGAGCCUGUGCACAGUAUGGCCUCAAUUUGUGUCAGGCUGUGCUGCUGUCAGUCAGAGUGCCUGAUGGCAGGAAAAGGAGGGGUUGACGGCCAGUUUCUGGGGCUCACGGAAUUGACAGGGCUUGGAGUAGAUAGCUUGGUGCCCCAGGGUUCUCCAGGGGCCCUGGCCCCACUCCCUUCUUGCAGAACCCGCAAAUAAACUUCAACCCUCA